UUUUACCUCCAGGGCAUCGUUCGAGAGCGCGUGAGAUAAUUCGGAAUCUGCCAAAGCAAGCGGUGUGUUUUCUGCGCAAUCGAUGUCCUCUGAAAGGUCCGUGACUUGGCGCCCAGGAAACGUGACGAAUCCAGAGUCUUGUGCAGUGUGCAAUUCCAAUGCAUCCAGCAAAUUCCCCGUGGGACUUCCAUAAUUCCUGAUGGUGUGACCAACGAACACCGAGUUGGAUGGAAGUUUCGCAGUUUUUGGCAUUAGCAAGACGAAAUCGCAAACCAAGCGUAGAGAUUAUGGAAACCCAGAGCCACAUGAUGGGGACCAAAGGCAGAAGUAUGCAGAAUUGAGAAUCGCUGCCAUCAAAAAGAGCUAGAUUUUUCACCGGCACCGAUGCAUGGUGUGUGUCAGUGAUGGCGACAGAAUGAUCUCAGGAUGCAGUGAUCAACGUGUAUGUCAUAAUUUCAUACGAUAACAGAGCUGUAGAAUAACAAGCAAUGUGCUGUCUGCGUAUCGAACGCCGACUUUAAGGUCGUGGCACCAACAGUGAAGUUGCCCGCGGACAUUGCAACGGAGUCAUGCCUUACAGACAGUGAACAUGGCCACAGUGUUUCCAGUUUUUUGAAUCUCCAAGCCUAUAGGCUGAAGGCGCGCAGAAAUUUGCUGCUGUCUAAUCCGAGGACAAGAACGUCCACAAAAUUUUAGCACUAGCCGCAGGGUGAUGUGUUCUAUCGUCUUCAACUGACUUGGUGCGUUGGAUAACUUUAGAAUAAUGCAUGUUGGGACUGGAAAUAUUGGUGACGAUUUCAAAGGAUUAAGCUCUUACUGCUGCAAGUUCCAGCAAUGAAGCUGACGUCCUUGGGAUGUGGGAAGGACCCCAGCAAGGAAUCGGAACUUGCGUGCCAUCUUUUGAAUGUUAAUCAAUCCUGUAUUCUACUGGAGUGCCCCUUGGACCUUUCAGCGUUAGCUCUGUUCCUGCCCACUUUCUUGUCCUCACAUGCUGUUCCCCAGGUAGCAGUGAAUAAAAAGCGGUGCUCGAAGUUAUCAAGGUAUGAUUCAAAUGCGCUCGAGCGAUGCAACGUUGAAAUCGCUGCAAAUUUAGCUGGACGCAAGAGAGUGAAGCAUGUUGACGUACACCAGGAGGUGUUGUUGAGACCAUCUACAUCAACAAAAAAGGUUCAUCUCAAUUAUGAGGAUAAUGAAGCUGAUGAUGAUGAAAAUGUUCAAGAAAGGGGUAGAGUAUACAAAGACUUGAGUUCGCUAUUCAAAAAAUUAAAUGGACAUGUUUUAGCGGACGGAGAGCCAUGGUACAAAGCUGCAGGACUGGAACUUGUGGAUGUGGGACUCCUGGAUGCAGUCAUCAUUUCAAACCCUUCUAGUAUGCUUGGUCUCCCCUUCCUAACGAAGCACCCUGAUUUCUGUGGGAAGGUGUUCGCCACUAAAGCAACCGCUGAAAUUGGUAGAAUGAUGAUGGAGGAGUUGGUAAGUAUGCACGCCGAUUUUAUUCAAGGGCAUGGAACCGUGAAAAAUGGGCAGAAACCGCCUUGGUUGCACCCCUCCGUCCUUAGCUCAUUGCCGGAGAAUAUGAGGGGUACUUCACUCGACAGAUGUUUCUCGAAUAGGGCAAAUUGGCAGCCGCUGUACAGUAAAGAUGACAUCAAAAACUGCUUUGAUCAUGUUCAAAAAAUGAGUUUCGGCGAAGAAAUCAAUUUUAAUGGCGUUUUUAAAAUAUCGCCCUCGAGCUCUGGGAUGGGAAUCGGGGCGUCUAACUGGAUCAUUUCAGGAGCCAUACAUAGAGUGGGCUACGUUGCUGCGUCACUGGCAAUGAAGAACCACGCGAUGCCAUUGGAUAUUGCUCCACUGGAAGGAUGCCAUGCUCUCAUUAUUUCUGAUGUUGAGUGUCCGUCGGAUGCUGUCGUGGUCGAGAAAGUCAUUUCAAGUGAAGACGACCUUGAUGUCAAGGCCCAAGAAACUCAAGAUUGUGGAGUUUCAGGAAAUGAACACUUAAGGCCAGUGAGACAGUCAUCUACUGGUUCGGGAAGCUCACAGAGACCAACUCCAAGGGCUUCUGGGAGUUUCUCAUCGGUUGCAUCCCGGGGUGGCCUGCCAAGUGGUGGCUCAGGAAUUGUGAAAUCAGGUGCCGUUGGACUGCUUCCUGGAGGUGGUUCCGAGAAAGCGGGAAAGGGAGUGAAUGGAGAUGGAUUUGGCUCUUUGCACAACGAUGUGGUAGUUUUAGAUUUGAGACCAGAUGUAGCUGCGGCAUGCAAAUGGACAAUUGAGGCCAUAAAAAGAGGAGGUUCUGUGCUUUUCCCUAUAGGCCCAAGUGGGUUGUUUCUGGAGCUACUUGAGGAGCUGGGAACUCAGCUGGGAGCUGCUAAUUUGAAGCAUAUCCCCAUUCACUACAUUUCUCCAGCAGCCGAGGAAAUGCUGGCCUACUGUAAUACUGUUCCUGAGUGGCUGUGCAGUGCCCGACAAGAAAAGUUGUAUGCAGGGGAGUCCUUGUUUGGUUACGUAGAACUCGUGCAGGAGGAACGCUUGCGUCAUUCGAAAGCAUUCCCUUCUCCAGAAUUGCAAAGAGUAUGGCAGGAGCCCUGUGUCGUGUUUGCCACCCACUUUAGUUUGCGAAUGGGUCCCGCUGCGCAUCUCCUCCAUCGUUGGCGUCAGAAUCCUCUCUGCCUUCUGAUUUUGACUAAGAAGGAGUCUGAUAUGGACCUUUUAUUGGCCCCAUAUAUGCCCCUUGCAAUGCAAGUCCUGGAAUUGCCUACUUCUUCACGACUAAGAUCCAAGGAGGUUGCAUCGGUGCUGCAGAGCGUUCAGCCACAAGUUGCUCUGGUGCCUGAGUUUAUACAAAAGUCAUUAGAAGGAGCAAGGAGCUCGAAUACAAAGGUUAUAUUGGGCUACAAGAACGGUCGAUCAAUUCCUGUACCGAACUUUGAGAUUGAACUAGAAGUGGACAUGUCAGCUGAAUUAGCUCUUCUGGUGCAACCGAAACCAGUGAAAUCCAAGAACGUUGCUGCUGCUCCUUUUCAAGCAGGGUUCUGUUCUCGGGAUGGAAUACAUUCUCUUCAAAUUCCUACUUCAUCUAGUAAUUUGGUGAUGAGUUCGCACGAGUAUCAUUACCGAUGGGGACAAGUGAACGUUGGGGCACUUUCGAGAGCUCUACAGGAAAGAGGCAUGUCAGAAGUUUCUUUCCAUGAGCUUGACGAAUCUCUCACUGGCAGAGAAGGGCCUGUGGGUGAGCAUAAACCACUUAUGGUGGAAAUCCGUUCUCCUUCCAGAGCCUGGAUAGAAUUGGGUCCAAACAGUAGUCACAUCAAAGCAAAUGAGCCCUCUUUACGACACCUCAUUGCUGAUGCUGUCAACAGCGUACUUCACGUGAUGUAAAUACGUGUAAAUUGAACUCAUGAUCAUCGUGAAAUGGGAGGUGCUGAUCUGUUGGUUUUGUGCUGCGUAUUGUGGAGCAGUCA